AUGUCGUGGGUUGUGGAUUCUGCGGGGGCGCAGUUCCCACUGGCGAUGGUGAUGAAGCAACAGGGGGCACUCCCUACCUCCCAGACAUUCACAGCACUCCCAGAGAAUCAUGUGCUACGGGUGUUUCAGUUGGGUGCCCUGCAGACACAGGCGGAAUUAGUGGACAUCCUGCGCAGUAGUUUGUUUGAUAUAUUUGAUUUGGAUGCGCUUCAGUCGUACCGUUACGCGUAUCAGGAUGAACUGGUGUUUUUUCUUGACGUCAUUCUGUACUGGGGCUCUACGUGGAGACGCUCACAAUCCAUAGGGGAUCGUUUGGGGAACAUCGUGAUGCGUGAUGAGACGAAAGCGUUGGAGAAUGGACAGUCAUCUGUGGUGAGGCUCGUGCCUUCCCUUGCACCAACGCGUGGCCGACUCCUGGUUCACGCCAUACUGACCAUUUUGGUCCCCUACCUUGUGCGGAAGCUGCAGCGAAAAUCCAUGGAGGAGGACUGGGAAGGUGAGAGCCCGGGCUCUCUCCGGGCCCGUGUGGCGAAAACCAUUCGGCUAGCGUCCACUGCAUGGGCGGCUUUUUCGCUGCUUCACACACUGCACUUUCUUGCCACAGCACAGUACCGCACCCUUGUUGAGCGCCUGCUUUCGCUUCGGCUGGUUUAUGGCAGCCAGAGCACACAGCGGGUCACAAACCUGAUGUAUCUAAAUCAGCAUGUCAUGUGGCAGACGUGGUCUUCCUUUUUAGCUGUGCUGAACAUUGGGCGGUACCUUAGUCGUUUGACACGCUCGUUGCAGGCCUUCACAUCGCCCUCGGGAAGUUUGACGCUAGGUGAUAAUGUCUGCUGUGCUUGUCAUUCUCAUCCGACCAUUGGACAACGUUCGAACUGUGGGCAUCUCUACUGCUACUACUGCAUCAAAAGUCGACUGCUGGAUCCCAGACUUGCUGGGUCGUUCCGCUGUCUCCGCUGUGGGACCACUGUUCACACCGCGUUCCCCUUGCAGUGA